AUGGCUUCGCGCCAUAUUCGCCGCGUCCGACAGCAAAGGGAAGUGGGGCUGGCCAGUGGUCCGGGGCAGGAUCGAGGCAGCUCCACAGACGAGGACGCCGGCGGUUCUGCCCCUCCCACCUUCAACCCGUACCAGUACCUUGCAACGGAGGAGGAGGAGGACGAGGAGCAGGCAACAGAUGAGGGACCCACGGGAGGCGACGAUGAAGGGCCCGUUGCCCCCAGCGAGCUGACCCCAGCCGCAGCCUCACAGACGACCGCGGGGAAGAAAAAGAGAAACCGGAAAAGGGGAAAGCAGAAGGCUGCUGGCAAGGAGACGGGGAAGGACAAGCAGAGGGGCGGUGAUAGGCCAGAAGAAGACGUUGACAAGUUGGUAGAAGAGCUCAAAUUGCAAACGGCAGGGUGUGAUGUGGAUUGUUCCACCAGCGCACCUGCAGAGGCGUCCAAGGCACAUGUGCUUGCUGUGGAGGCUGGGUCACUGCGUGCAGAUGAAGAGCUCUACCGCAUUUUCGGAGCACGAGUUGUUGCAUCAGAAGAGGCCCAGCUUCGUCAAGAGCGUGAUCGCAGAUGGCAACGUUAUUCCAAAGGUCUGCGAGGAGUGAGGCGAACAGUUCGCAAUUUCUGGCUGGUUGAAGUGCAAGAACACUGGCCGCCCUUGGACGGGGGCCUCAGCAUGGAAUAUAGAGGGGAAGAAUCUGGGUGCUACAAGUUUUGUUAUGUUUAUUCAUCUCAAUAUCGUCAGAUUCAGGAUGCUUUUGAGGAAUGCCAAGCAUCAGCGAAUCCCAACACCAUCGCUGCCCUUCUCAAUCGCUGUCCAUACCAUGUGGAAGCAGGACUUGCCAUGCAUGAUCUGUACAGGGCAAUGUCAGAACAUCUGUCAGCAGAAGAGUUGCUGAAUCGGUGUCUGUAUGCGCUGGAGAGUGCAUGGCAUCCAUGGUUCAAUCCUGCAUAUGGAACUUGCAAACUGAGCUACAAGAUUCCAGAGAAUCGUCCAUUAUUCAUGGCCUUGUUCCGCCACGUGCAAACACUGACUCGGCAAAGCUGUCUGAGCACUGCUUUGGAGUGUUGCAAGCUUCUGCUGUCCCUGGAUGAUGGGGACCCGAUGGGUGCUGCGUGCAUGAUUGACUACUUGGCAAUAAGGGCAGGGAGGUUUGAGUUUCUGCAGCGUCUUGUCGAUGAAGGGAUAGAUGCUUCUACUUCCCUGGCUCUUCUGCCUGGAAUGGCUUUUUCAGUGCCACUCUCCAAGUUCUUGAGAGCGCAGCAAGAGACUGCAAAAAGCCUGAACAGCAAGAUGCUGCCUGGCUGUGCCGCCCGCAGCAAAUCUGACAACCCUGGAGUGGAGGACAAUGGCACAAAGCGUGCAGUUGGGGCCAAUGCUCAAGAUAAUGCUGACCAGUCCCUGGUUGAUGCCAUUUUGUUGUACCCUGUAGUGGUGGUCCGUCUGCUGGCCAAACUGAAAGAGAAAGGUGUGGGCAUUGACAAGGAAUGGACUGGACUUCUAUCCAAAAAUCCAUUGUCGGGUGCAGGGGAUAACAGCAGUGCGUCGCUGAACCAUCUGGUGAACAUCUUUGUGGAACGCAAUCAUCUUUUGUGGAAGGGGCCUAGAGUGCUUGCAUGGCUCAAGGAAGGCUGUCAGCAAGCAGCAGCCGCUUGUACCCCUGGCAGUGCUCCAGUGGGCACGACAGUGCCAGCAGAUUGGUGCUGUGUUCGAAACGAGGCAUUCCCGCCGUCGGGAACAAACGAGUAUCGGCAUCUGCACCUGUAUGACUUCAGCGAUGAUGUGCCCCAACUCCCAGCAGAAGAGCUCAGAGAGGCAAUGGGUGGGGGGCGUGAUGAAAUACAUGCAGCCAUGGCCGGAGUGGAGCAAAGAAUGGCGGAAGCGUUGGAACAAAGAGAUAACCAACGGGGGAUUGUACAGUUGACCGAGGAAGAACUUCGGAACAGCAACCCACUGCUUGUCUUCUUGCGGUCUUUGCUGCCAUGGGUGCAGCCUGGGAGGCAAGCAAACGGCGACCAUGCCCAUCAAUGA